GCUCCCGUGGGGCGGCCGCGGCCUCGGCCUCCCCCCUCACCUCCACCAGGCCCCGGUUGGCGACCCUCAACGCCCGCUCUGCGGUCGGGGCGGAGAAGAAGGAGGAAGGGAAGCGGGCCGAAGUGAAGGAGAGCUGCCAGGAGCCAUGUCCGCACCCGCCGGGCUACCGCCGCGGCCCGCCGGUGCCGCCGCCGCCGCCGCCGUUUACCCGGGCGGGCCCGGCGCCUUCCGGGAGGCCGCGGCCCCUCAGAGCGGCGCGCCGAGCUACCAGAACGGUCCUGUGCAAAGUCGGAUGCCGUUCCCUUCUGGCUAUGGCUCGCAUCCUCCAAACUAUAGUGUGCCCUCAGGACACUAUUCCCAAGUGCCCAAUAAAGCUGCUGCUUCACAUUUGGAUAAUCAGUAUAGAGCCAAUUAUUACCCUACUUAUUAUUCAGCACCAGCACAAAAUGUCAUGGCACCUUCUGUGGGUACCAAUGUGUUGAAUAUACAGGAAUCCCAGCAGUUGUACAAUAAAACUCCUCCCCAUACGGUGGGGUCAGCUGAAGGACCUAUUCAAGGAGCAAUAUCAUCUGCAUCCUACUUGCAUACGAGUGCUCAGCAGUCAUAUUCAGCGUUUGGUAAUCACUACAGCACUUCUGUCAGCUCUUCAGUUGCAUCUCAGGGAUUUCCCCCUAAUUCUGAUCACUACGCCAUGCCUCUGGCUUCUAGUGCCAUGUAUCCUCAUGUUCCCUAUCCUGCGGCUGCUGGCAGUGUGUACGGGCAAGCAUUUACCUCUCAGAGCCUACCUGCUGUUGGACAGUCCAAAGAGACAAAUACCUUUUCUAGCCAGAGUACAUCAGUACCUCAUUCCCUUCAACAGCACGUUCCUGUGGGAUAUAACUCCACGUUAUCAACUGUUUCAUCUGCUCCGUCUGUUCAAGACGGCUUCGGCAGGAACCUCGCCGGGUCGGUUGCUAAAGUAAACAACCAAAUAAACACAGGUGGUGGUGGUUCUUCACAGCCUGUGCGCUCUGGGAGCCAGAGCCUUCCAUUUACCAAGCCUGGGGCUGGAACAUCUGCUUCCUCUGCUGUCAUCUCCUCAGUGAGGACACCUGCUCCAAGCCUUUCUACACAGCCACGAUCUUCACCCUCUGUUACGCAGUCACCAGAGCCGGCCCUUCAGGAAGGCAUGCAGUAUGGUGGAUAUGUUAAUAAUCAAGCUAGCUCUGCACCAGCUCCCUUGUCAUCAAGUUCAGAUGAUGAGGAAGAGGAUGAGGAGGAUGAGGAAGCAGCAAUUGAUAGUUCCUCUACUACAAGCAGUGCCUCUCCUGUUCUGAACAAUUAUGAUGCUCUGGAAGGAGGUGGCUAUCCAGAGACACGUUCUGUGACCAGCAGCCCAGUUCCUCCUCCAUCAGUCCCCCAAACAUCAAAAGCUUCUAAGCCCUUUGGUUAUGGAUAUCCAGCACUGCAGCCUGGCUACCAAAAUGCUGCACCACCUGCUCCUGUGCAGCCCAGUAAUCCAGGUCACCAUCCUGGGUUUCAGCACUAUCCACAGCAAUAUCCAGGUGUGAACCAGCUGUCCUCUUCUUUAGGAGGGUUAAGUCUACAGCAUUCUCAGCAGCCGGAGAGCUUGAGACCAGUAAACCUUACACAAGAUAGAAAUAUUUUGCCUGUAUCUUCAGUUCCAGCACCUGUGCCUAACUUGAAUUCUGAUCUUAGGAAAUUAAACUGCAGUCCAGACUCAUUUCGAUGUACGUUGACAAAUAUUCCCCAGACACAGGCUUUGUUAAACAAAGCUAAGCUUCCUUUGGGUUUGUUGCUGCAUCCCUUCAGAGACCUAACGCAAUUACCAGUAAUAACAUCAAGCACAAUAGUGAGAUGCAGAUCCUGCAGGACAUACAUCAACCCUUUUGUUUCUUUCAUUGAUCAAAGGAGGUGGAAAUGUAAUCUCUGCUAUAGAGUUAACGAUG